GAUGAAGUGAUUGAGAAGAAACAGUGGACACCUUCCCAUUUUGUAGACAGAACAACAUGGAACAGCCAUUUACUCUGAAUUCUCUGAAAAAGUUAGCUGCCAUGCCUGACCAUACAGAUGUCUCCCUAACCCCAGAAGAGCGAGUCCGGGCCCUCAGUAAGCUGGGUUGUAAUAUCACCAUCAGUGAAGACAUCACCCCACGCCGAUACUUCAGGUCUGGAGUAGAAAUGGAGAGGAUGGCAUCUGUGUAUUUGGAAGAAGGAAACUUGGAAAAUGCCUUUGUUCUUUAUAAUAAAUUUAUAACCUUGUUUGUAGAAAAGCUUCCUAGCCACCGAGAUUACCAACAAUGUGCAGUGCCUGAAAAGCAGGAUAUUAUGAAGAAACUGAAGGAGAUUGCAUUCCCAAGGACAGAUGAAUUGAAAAAGGACCUUUUAAAGAAAUAUAAUGUAGAAUACCAAGAAUAUUUGCAAAGCAAAAACAAAUAUAAAGCCGAAAUUCUCAAAAAGCUGGAGCAUCAGAGAUUGAUAGAGGCCGAAAGGAGGCGGAUUGCUCAGAUGCGCCAGCAGCAGCUGGAAUCGGAGCAGUUUCUGUUUUUUGAAGAUCAACUCAAAAAGCAAGAGUUAGCCCGAGGCCAGAUGCGAAGUCAGGAGACCCCUUCGCUGUCAGAGCAGAUUGAUGGAAGUGCUCUGUCCUGCUUUUCUGCACACCAGAACAAUUCCUUGCUGAAUGUAUUCGCAGAUCAAGCUAAUAAAAGUGAUGCAACCAAUUAUGCUAGCCACUCUCCUCCUGUGAAUAGAGCCUUAAAGCCAGCAGCUACUCUAAGUGCUGUUCAGAAUUUAGUGGUUGAAGGACUGAGAUGUGUAGUCUUAUCAAGAGAUCUUUGCCACAAAUUUCUGCUGCUAGCUGAAUCUAAUACCAUAAGAGGAAUAGAAACCUGUGGAAUACUUUGUGGAAAACUGACACAUAAUGAAUUUACUAUUACCCAUGUGAUCGUGCCAAAGCAGUCUGCUGGGCCAGACUAUUGUGAUGUGGAGAAUGUAGAAGAAUUAUUCAGUGUUCAGGAUCAACACGAUCUCCUCACUCUGGGAUGGAUCCACACACAUCCCACCCAAACUGCUUUCUUAUCCAGCGUUGAUCUUCACACUCACUGUUCCUAUCAGCUCAUGUUACCAGAGGCUAUUGCCAUUGUUUGUUCACCAAAGCAUAAAGACACUGGAAUCUUCAGGCUCACCAAUGCUGGCAUGCUUGAGGUUUCUGCUUGUAAGAAGAAGGGCUUUCAUCCUCACACCAAGGACCCCAGACUAUUCAGUAUAUGCAAACACGUGUUGGUUAAAGACAUAAAAAUAACUGUGUUGGAUCUGAGGUGAUAUGUUCCGAAUGUAAGCACCAUCAACACCAGACAUCUGCCCAUGGACAUGUGGUGGCUGGAUUUUCUUAAGAUGUUUCCAGAAAUGACUGAUAUUUUAUAUUUAUACAUUUUAGACCAGAAAGUUUGAUAUUUAUUGCUCUUGCACAUUUUGAAGUUUUCUUUUUGGGUUGCUCUGUCUCAAGAGAAGUCACAUGGUGUUAAAUCAAAUACCUAUUAAUGUACCCAAAAACUAUCACCAGAUAAUAAAUUGUGCUGCAAA